AACUUUUCCAGGAAGAGCAAUCAAAGGCUUUAACUUGGCUCCGUAAAGGACAGCUGUGUGACUCUGGAGAAAAGCAGUAAAAUGAAAGUUCCUUCUUGACGAGAGCAGUUUGGAAGCCAGAAGUCGAGAAGAGUCAGGAUGGCCAUUCCAAAGGCAUUGCGGUUUGCUGUUUUGCUUCUGGUCAUAUGCUUCACUCUCGACCAACAAAGAAUCAGGCAGUCUAUGUCAACCUUCUUUGAGGAACUAAAGGAUACUACAUCAUCCAUGUUUCAUGUAAGAGAGAAAAGAGAAACUCUCACAAAUUUCACAGAGUAUGACUUUGAAGUUGUCAUAACUUACUCUGACCUUGAGAGUAUCCAAAUGUUUCUGAGCAAUAUGAGCUUUCCCAUACCGAUCAACAACACUGUGGAAAUCACCAGCAUUGAAACCACAACAGUGUGUUCACCAGGGAUGAAUGGGUACCAGUGCACAUGUGAGGAGAGCUUUGCCUGGUCUUUUAACAAUUGCAUUACCUACGGAGUCUGUGAUGCCAUACUUGGUAACACAUGUGGCUGCAUUAAUUCCCUACCUGCUGACGGUCAGUACUGUCAGUUAAACCGCAGCCAAACAGAUCCAGUGGAAAGCUAUGUGAACAUUGUUGUGGAAAUCCCAGCCUCUAGUUUUCCAUCAUAUGCACUCAGCUAUGUACGAAGCACUGUGCAAUCCAUCUCCCUCCCAAUAACCCUCUCACAGUCUCUUGAAGUGAAAGAGGUUUACUUAACAACACUCUGCAAUCCAUAUUCUGCUGAUGGUCACCAAUGUCAAUGUGAGACUGGCUUUAGUUGGCCAUGUGACAUGUGUAACAGCAGAAAUUCAUGCAGCAGUCAAUCCUGUACCUGUAUAUAUGGGCUUCCAUCUAAUGAUGAGUUCUGCCAGGCAAACACAAAUGAUACUACAUGCGAGCCAACACCUACAACUUCCACAGGUACUUAA